GUCCGCACACCGUCCGUCUCGUCAGUGUUGAUCGGCUCACCAUGGCGGAAGGACGCAGAGAGCAGCCGCCCCAUCCUCUCCUCUCCUUACCACCGGCCAGCAAGCGACCCUGCCUGCGCCCUGCUCCCCGAGGUCCCGGCCCGGGGCCCGGCCACGGCAGCGGGUUGCCCAGCUCCCGGUAUCGUUCCCCGGAGUCUCUUCUGGACUGCGCCGCGAAGGCAGUAGCGGAAAAGUGGGCCUUCGAGAGAGUAGAGGAGCGCUUCGAGCGGAUCCCUGAGCCCGUCCAGCGCCGCAUCGUCUACUGGUCUUUCCCCCGCAACGAAAAGGAGAUAUGCAUGUACUCUUCGUUUCAGUGCCGAGUCGCCGGCGAGGAGGGUCCGUCGGCGGCUACCGGCGGGGCUGGGGGUGCUGGGUCCGGAGCCACCACCGCCGGCGGUGGCGGAGGAUCUACCGCCGGUACGGCGGCUACCGUGGGGGCAGCCGGAGCAGUGGGAACGGGAGACGGACUCCCUUUCCGCCGGGGUAUCAGGCUGCUAGAGACCGGCUGUGUGGAAAACGUUUUACAAGUCGGGUUUCACCUCAGUGGCACAGUAACUGAACCCGCCACAUCGUCAGAGCCAGAGGUCACCCACAAGGUGGCCAUCAGCUUCGACCGAUGCAAGAUCACCUCCGUCACCUGUGGCUGCGGGAACAGAGACAUCUUCUAUUGCGCCCAUGUGGUGGCACUCUCUCUUUACCGGAUUCGCAAGCCCGAACAGGUGAAGCUGCGGCUGCCCAUCUCAGAGACGUUGUUCCAGAUGAACAGAGAUCAGCUGCAGAAGCUGGUCCAGUACCUGAUCACAGCCCACCACACUGAGGUGCUGCCGACUGCUCAGAAACUGGCCGACGAGAUCCUCUCCUCCAACUCUGAGAUCAACCAGGUCCACGGUGCUCCGGACCCGACUGCAGGCGCCAGCAUCGACGAUGACAACUGCUGGCAUCUGGACGAGGAUCAAGUCAGGGAGCAGGUCAAACAGUUUCUGUCACAGGGAGGAUACUACGGUUCUGGGAAGCAACUCAACUCCAUGUUUGCAAAGGUGAGGGAGAUGCUGCGAAUGCGAGACUCCAAUGGCGCCCGAAUGCUGACGCUCAUAACGGAACAGUUCAUGGCAGAUCCCCGGCUGUCGCUGUGGAGACAGCAGGGCACAGGCAUGACAGACAAGUGUCGGCAGCUCUGGGAUGAGCUAGGUGCAUUGUGGGUGUGCGUGGUACUCAACCCCCACUGCAAAAGUGAGGAGAAGAGCGGCUGGCUUAAGCAGCUGAAGAAGUGGGGCGACAUGGACGUCUGCCCGCUGGAGGACGGCAACUACGGGAGCGAGCUUCCAAACAUCACCAACGCUCUGCCGCAGAGCAACCUAGCGCAGGACUCUCUGUCCAGGCCGAGGAGGUCGGUGUUCAGCCGGGCCAUCGAGGCCUGCGACCUCCACUGGCAGGACAGCCACCUUCAGAGGAUCAUCAGCAGCGACCACUACAUGUCUCCAUCCUACCAGAGAGAAGGGGAGAGCCUGCUGUUCAACCCUCAGGGCCUGCCACUCUGGCUAGACCACGUCCCGACGGCCUGUGCUCGAGUCGACGCCCUGCGUUCCCACGGUUAUUCGAGGGAAGCAUUGCGAUUGGCUGUCGCCAUCAUCAACACACUCCGCCUCCAACAGCAGAGACAGAUGGAUAUCUACAAACACCAAAAGAAAGAGCUACUCCAGAGGGGAGUGACUUCCACCACCAACCUGGAAGGCUGGGUGGGUCAUCCCUUAGACCCGAUUGGCUGUCUGUUCACUACGCUCACUGAAACCUGUCGUGUGGAUGAUGACAACACCAUGGACACCGGAGAAGGUGAUCCCAGGCCUCCAGUCUACCAUCACGUACCAGUGUGGGGCAGUUCUGAUGGAGGGGAAUCCUACCUGACGCUGGCCUUAGAGGUGGCUCUGAUGGGUAUGGGCCAGCAGAGAAUAAUGCCUGAGGGCCUAUACGCUCAGGAUAAGGUGUGUCGUAACGAGGAGCAGAUUGUUGCAAAACUCCAAGAACUGGAGCUGGAUGACCUCCUGGUUCAGACUCUUCGGAAACAGGCCAUACAGCUACUAGAAGCUGGUCCGUUCAGCGGUCUCGGUGAGGUCAUCCACAGGGAGAGCGUUCCCAUGCACACCUUCGCCAAGUACCUCUUCUCUGCGCUGCUACCACAUGACACAGACCUGGCAUACAAGGUGGCUCUCCGCGCCAUGAGGCUGCCGGUGCUGGAGUCAUCAGCAGGCUCCGGGGACGUGGGCCACCCUCAUCAUGGCAUCUCCAUAGUACCAAGUAGAUACCCGCGCUGGUUUACACUGGGACACCUGGAGUCACAGCAGUGUGAGCUGGCCUCCACCAUGCUGACUGCUGCUAAAGGUGACAUGUUGAGGUUGCGGACAGUGCUGGAGGCUAUUCAGAAAAACAUCCACUCCUCUUCCUUAAUCUUCAAGCUGGCCCAGGACGCCUUUAAGAUAGCCACACCUGCAGACAACCCACCUGAUAUAACCCUGCUCAAUGUGGCACUGGAGCUAGGACUACAGGUGAUGAGGAUGACGCUGUCCACACUGAACUGGAGGAGGAGAGAGAUGGUUCGAUGGCUGGUUACCUGUGCCACUGAAGUUGGUCUGCGGGCAUUGGUGAGCAUCUUACAGAGCUGGUACACUCUCUUCACACCGACUGAGGCCACCAGCAUCGUGGCAGCCACUGUCAUGUCCCACAAUACCAUACUGCGUCUCAGCCUCGACUACCCUCAGCGAGAGGAGCUGGCUAGCUGUGCAAGGACCCUGGCCCUGCAGUGCGCCAUGAAGGACCCCCAGAACUGCGCCCUGUCAGCUCUGACGCUCUGCGAGAAGGACCAUAUCGCCUUCGAGACGGCCUACCAGAUUGUGAUCGACGCAGCAUCCACGGGUAUGACUUACUCCCAGCUGUUUACCAUUGCGAGGUACAUGGAACACAGAGGAUACCCGCUGCGGUCCUUCAAGUUGGCCUCCCUAGCCAUGACCCACCUUAACCUGGCUUACAACCAGGACACACACCCGGCCAUUAAUGACGUGCUCUGGGCCUGUGCGCUUAGCCACUCUCUGGGUAAAAAUGAGCUUGCAGCCAUUAUCCCCCUGGUGGUGAAGAGCGUGCACUGUGCCACGGUGCUGUCUGACAUCCUGCGGCGGUGCACCAUGACGGCACCGGGUCUUGCAGGCAUUCCUGGGAGAAGGAACUCUGGGAAGCUAAUGUCAACAGACAAGGCGCCGUUGCGGCAGCUCUUAGACGCCACAAUCUCGGCGUACAUCAACACCACGCACUCUCGACUGACGCACAUCAGUCCACGGCACUAUGGAGAGUUCAUAGAAUUCCUGAGCAAAGCACGGGAGACUUUCCUGCUGGCACAGGACGGCCACAUUCAGUUCGCCCAGUUCAUAGACAACCUGAAACAGAUCUACAAGGGCAAGAAGAAACUGAUGAUGUUGGUCAGGGAGCGCUUCGGCUGACCUUACCCCUCCCUUACAGGGACCUUUUUCUUGGGAAGUAGUUAAAUUUAUUUGUUUCUAUUUAAGUUUUUUUGGAUUCCUUGUAUUUUUACUUCUUAUGUUGAGCCAUUUGUUGACUAAGUCUUAAGUUUUUGUCCAGUUUUGUUGUUUUGUUUCUUGAAUGUGAACCAGGAAGUGUUCGCAGUACAUUGCUCUACUUCAUUGAGACUGCAAAAGGGGAAACGGCUUGAAAUGUCAAAGAAACAAAAGCAAAGCAUUUUCCCCAUAUGACUUAUGUUAAAUCUAGUAUGAAAAAGUCAAGAUUGUGAUGAAAAAGACAAAAGGAACUUUUGUUUUUCUGUGGCACAUGACGAGUUAAAACCAAAAGAUUUUGUUGGAUGGGGUACUUACUUUGAGCCAGAGGAGGAGGAGAAGAGGAGGAAGUGGAUUUCAAAGUGGAAGGAACAUGUCAUUCCAAAAGGAAAAAACAAACAACCCACUGAGGUCAUAAACACACAUAGUGUUACUGUCAUACCUCGACUGUAUUAUUUGUCAGCUUUAACUUCUCUAUCAGAAAUGGCCUCUUGUUUCAUUCAGGGCAUCUUAGAGUAGAGAGGGCAGAAUACAGAACUACACAUGUGUGGUCUCUUUGUGAAAGACGUCAGCACCAACAGGUAUAAACUUGACUAAAGCCACUCUAGACUAGCUCCUACCUUCUACACCUGCUGGUCAGUGCUUUUCCUUAAGAAUAUCCUAAGAGGAAGAACCAUGUUGCUUCACAGAGUGCAUGCUUUCAAAUCCAGAAGCCUGAGAGUGACAUUGUUCAGGCUAUUCUCGCUAAGGUAGAGUAGUUGAGGCUCCACAUGCACAUAUGUAUUCAGUAUAUCUCGUAUGUCCUCCUAUAAGCUUAUUAACAGUGACAAUACACAACUGUGACAAAUGAUGGGGGUCACAGUAUUCCCAUCCCUAGAGCUACCACUGCACUGCUGUACAGCUAUUUGUGGCCAAAACCUUUGAAAUCUAUAAGACUCCAGUGGUCACCUUUCACUCGCUAGAUCAAGAUUUAGUCAAUAAGCAAUAUAAGUCAAGUCUGCGCUUCAUUUUUUAUCUCUUAGCAGCAUUAAUUUCACCUACUUGCAUUGUUUUUGGAAGCUUUGGAACAUAUUGGGACCUUGUUGAUUUCAGUGACUGUUUGUUAACUCUGCCUGUAGCUAGAGGCCCUUUUCCAUCUCAAGAACGUUUGGUGGAACUUUCGUAAAUUUAUUUCUUUUUUUUUUAGGAACUUUUUUAUGAACCCAGAAUAUUACCCCGUUAGAAGGGCAGAGAUCAGGUUUCAUUGUUAAUUCUUUUGGUUACUGUUUCUACCCCUAAAGCCCUAGCAGCCCAGAUAGUACUUAUUCCAAUUGUUUUGAGUUCUUGGGGUGAAAUCAGUAGUACUUACCACUGCUGAUUUGUCAAACAAGCACUGUUUCAGUUUAAUAGCCAGAAUUGUCUAAAAUUAAAUAGCAGCAGGAGGUAACAAGUGCUACACAAUUAAGUAUUUUUGGACUGAUACCAAGGUAGAAGCUCUGCCUUGUAUAUAAAUAUCACUAUAUAUUAUAUAUCAACAAUUGAAAAGCCUGAUAAAAUAUUUUUUGGGAAUUUAUUGUAGAAGAAGGUUUAAACCAUAGAUAAAUCCACACUAAUUGAUAUUUUUUAUGUGUAAUGUAUAAAGGGUGCUUGUAGUGACUGACCCACAAACAUGCAUCACCUAACUCUGCUGUUCCCCUUGGCUCUAUGAAGCUUGUUAGCAUCAUUUAGCUAAUUAGUUUGAUUUUUACAGCCUGAAAAGUUACCGUUUGGUUAAGUCUCGCUCUGCUCAUCAUCCUCUUUUCCAGCUGCAGCAGCUAACUGUUAGCAAAGAAGCUAACCAACUGAGCACUGGCCUCGCACCAAAAAGCAGAAAGACAAAGUUAGCAGCUAGCUGGUGCACAAAAUGUCACAUUUAGCUGCUAAAAAGAGAGUGAAUAUUGGACUCACAUUUGUUAGUCAGCCAGAAACAUGAAGCCAUACGAAUGCUAAUGUUGCUCCAUCUCUGCUAAAUAUGUAAAUUAGCAACUGCUUGCUAACAUGUUAGCCAUAGCAACUUUGGAAGGUGAUAAUAUGUCAAUGUUGUGUUCUUAGCUUGAUCACUGCCCCCAAAAUCAGUUAACAGUGGUUUAAGCGUUGUUUUGAAAAACUAAAACAAAAAAAGAAAGGCAAUAUCUGAAACAUACAAACCCACACCAACUGCAGUAAUCACAUUUGUUCCCUUCAUGGCUAAAGCAAAACAAACAUGCUUAAACAUCCUGAAUUAUUAUAUUUCUCUAGUUCCUUGGUCUCGUGAUGGAAAAGAGUCUAUAGUUACUAAAGCCACUUACCUGUGAAUGCUACUGGUUGUGAUCAUUGUGGACUGUGAAGACAAGAGGCCUUGUCUUUCUCAAAGGGUUAUAGAUUCACAGUGCAAAUACAUCAAAUACUGUAUGUUUUAUGACUUGAUGACUUAAUCAUGUAAAAUUGAGACCACAUGCCUUGGCACAGGAAGUUAUUUGUUCUGUAUGAGGGAUGUUCAUGCUCCCUUAUGUAACCCAGUGGCAAAGUGUUGUUGUUAUUGGCGGUAUACAGUACAGCAAGAGCUUGAAUUUUUACCGGUCGGACUUAAACGUCAUCGUACAAGCACUUCACACAAAUACCUCUUCAGUACGUUCCUGCCUGCUUCAGCAUUUAUUUAUUGAUUGUUUAGUAACUUUGUAUGACUGAGUAGGAAUCGCAGACACAUUAACAGGACAUGGCGAGCGAGUCGGCCUGUCGAUGGCGGGAGAAUAAAAGAAAAGGGUUUUUGAAUGGAGGAACAUUUUCUUGUCUGCUUUAACAUUCCAUGAGAGCUACCUUCACCCACUACCCAGGUAGUCAGUCACAACUCUGGGCCUUUUCGAUCUGAAGAAAUGCAGAUAGAAGAAUGGAGAUAAAAAAAAAAGGAAAACUGAGCAAAAGAAAGAAAAGAGAGGCUAAACUCAGUUCUCAGGGACAUCACUUAAAGAAACAAAACAAAAAGUAGUAGCAUUAAGCAUUUAAGAUAUUGUAAAUAUUAAAGUGUCAAUUCAGAAAAUUGUAAAGUUAUAAUUAUUUAUGAUAAGUAUGUUAUGUGUUUGUUUUUACUUUAUUUUUAUGUUGUUUUUUCGGCGGGGGUGUACUUGAAUUGUUUUGGACGGGGAAUUUGACAGCGUUUUUUGUAAGAGCAAAGACUUCAAGGCAUUUCUCAGGUGCUCCUGUGUACAUUUCCUUCAGUUUGUUUUUGCUAUAACUAUUAUUAUUUGUAUCUCUUUGAUUUUUUUUUUUAUUUCAUUUGCAAAGACAAAAAAAAGUCUGUUUUCCAAAAGGAAGCAUGUUAUUCGGAGUUGAGAAAAAUGAGGAAGGCAUUCACUUGUAAACUAAACCUGACUAUGCAGAACCACUUUGAUGGUCUUGUCACCUCUUAAAGAUGCCCCCUAAAAACUUAAAAGUGUGGAAGAAGAGACUCGUUGGACUGUACCACUAUUAAAAAGAGGGGGAGGUUGUGGACAAAGACAAGACCCAGCAUGCUUGUAUUUGGACAAUGCGCAGUAGCCAGCCUGCAUACGCUGCAACAUUUAGAGAAAAAAAAAGAGUAAAUGGUGGAAAAUGCCUUUGUGACCGAUCAAUGUACAAAGUUUAUUUUUGCUUUACUUCUUUGUUGGUUUUAUUUAAUCAGGACUCAAGCCUUUAGUGUCUUCUCAGAGGUGUCGUGUGGCAGCGCCGCAAGUGAGACAGAACAAUACACAAAAUGUCAGAGUCAGAAACAGCAACUGUGUGAACAAAGGAGGCAGCCUGUGGAUGACCUUGUGUUCAUUCCUCGUUGUUACUUGUUUUUUUUUAUUGCUUUCUCAACUCCCUUCAGCGUUCACCUCUUCUAUCUCAUUACCAUACUUUCUUUAUCUAAUCUUCAGUUGUUCAUCACCUCACCCCCUCUCACAGAGGGAGGAGCAGUGCAUCCAUGUGUCAGUGACCAGCUUUCAGUGCAGCCACUUCGUCUGUUGUCCUACCUUAAUUAAAGCUUUGAGACAUCAGUGCACUGCAGCAGCCUUGUAUCUGCACAGCGUUUGACGAAAAACAUUUUCUUCUUUUGUUGCUGCAAGGUUUUUACAUAAUGAGGAUAAAAAUAUAUUUUUUAAUUUCUUGGCUACACCGUUGGCAUGAUGAGGCUGUUUUCCUAAAUCUUAAAUGAAAGAGGGAUAUUAUUUUACCACUUUCCUAACUCGGAGGCUCCGGCCAGCUGCCUUUAUGUGAUGCAUUACCUGACAGCAUUACAACUAAGACGUUCCUCCCUCUGACUUGAUCUCUGUUUUUCAGUCUGUAGUAACUGUAUCAGCCAGUUCUUAUUGUUUCCCUUUAUUUUGUAGGAGAGUACUAUUUGCUGGUAGAGAUCUAGUUCACCCACUGUUUCCCUCUAUGUUUUGUUUUUGGAUUCUUUCUAACUUAAGGGAAAAUUGAAAGUGUUUGUUGCCUCUUUGUGCUACUGAUUAUGAAAAGGUAUUUCCAGUAUUUGUUGCCACAGAAGUAUGAUAGCUUAUCAUCAACACUUGUUUUUUUUUUUAAUUUGUAAUUUUUUUUGUGCAACUUCUUGAGCUACUGUCUAUAAAGCGAGAAUUUAUUACUAUUUAUGUAACGCUACUACCAUUUUAUAUUGAUUUGUGUUGGAAUCUCAGUGCUUUUCUAUGAAUAAAGUGUGA